GCCCAACAACCCUCUUCUUCCGUACGACCGGCGACUCCACUUGCGCCACCCGCACAUUUUCCGCAAAUCCUCUCCUCAUCCCCUCUUUCGCCUCAUUGCAGUAGUAGUGGUGCUUCGGAUACGAUCUCUGUUUGUAUAUCCGAUCCUGACCAUGACAGUGAUAAAAUGUCCGUCUUAUCAGAAGCUGACUCUGGUGUUGUGUGUAGUAGAACUUCCCGACCAUCCUCUAUGGUUGGCCCACCCAUUCCACGAAUACCUAGCAUUUUAACUCCAUCAACAAGUGGAGUUAUCAUCGCUUGUGGUGUUUGUCAAAAACCGUCAUAUUACUCGGAUGAAGUCGCUAUAUCAAAUGCACCGACAAAUAUGGCAAUACAAAAUGUGAUCUCACGCUAUUUUGCACAACAUCCACAACUUGCACCAAAAGAUCCGAAACCGACGUCGGAUGAGGUGAAAAAGGAACCGAAUUGCCAGCUAUGUGAAGAGAAUAUCAAACCAGCUACUGUGUACUGUGAACAAUGUGAUAUUUUUUAUUGCCAACCUUGCCAAGUAGCCCUGCACCCGGCCCGAGGGCCACUAGCCAAGCACACGUUGCUAUGUGAAGAGAAUAUCAAACCAGCUACGGUGUACUGUGAACAAUGUGAUAUCUUUUAUUGCCAACCCUGCCAAGUAGCCCUGCACCCGGCCCGAGGGCCAUUGGCCAAACAUACCUUGGUCAGCGCAGCUCAAAGGUGGGUAAUUUUAUUCUCACGAGGUCAAAAUAUUUCAACUCUGUUUUGAAG